AUGGGAGGCAAGCGCAGUAUGCCGGGUAAAUCAGGCGCUAUGAAGCGCAGAAAGGAUGGCAAGGGCAUGUAUAAACAGCCUAGCAGCCGAGUUGGUAUGGAGAGCGGAGACUCGGGUGUAUUCGUGACCUGCGAUAUGGGCAGGGAGAGCAAAUGUAUCAGAGAGGCUGUUGAUGUCUUUUCUCAUGCGGUUGAGUCUUCCGGUGAACUGAAGACCGAAGAGGAGGACGAGGACUCGGAUGAUGGCGAUAUCGAGGCCCAGAUCCAACGAGAGCUGGCAGGCUUGCAGACAAGCAAGGAUAAAAAACGCCCGUUUCAAGGAAUGCAGUUGGAAAUGCCCUGUGUCGAGGGCCGUGCUAAUCCGUCAACAGUCAUUUUCCUCCGACUUGACAAGUCGAUUGACCCCGUGUCGCUGGUCCACCGUCUUUGUUCCGAAGCACAAGCCCAUCCGGACACCAAGAACAGCCGAUGGAUUAAACGCAUGACCCCAGUCUCUACCCUCCGAAAAACUCUUAGCGUCGACCUAGAAGCCUUCGCAAAGGAAAUUCUUAAGCCUCAUUUCCAUUCUGGGGGCCCGCCGAAGAAGUAUGCGAUUCGACCUACGAUUCGAGGAAACAAUAAAUUCAAACGAGAUGAGGUCAUCAAGACCGUCGCUGAUGCCGUCGGGCCUGAGCACCCCGUGGACUUGAAGAACUACGAUUUGAUGAUUUUGGUGGACGUUGUGCAGAACGUGAUCGGGAUGAGUGUCGUGGGCAGUGAUUACGACCAGCUGAAACGGUAUAAUUUGGCCGAGAUCUACGAUCCAGCGAAACCCGCGGCGGAUCAGGCCGCAGAAACUAAGACCUAG